AUGUCCCACCGCCUCACCCAAGUAACCAACCACCUCAACUACCCCACCGGCCUCCUCGCCCACCAAACCGCCAUAAUAACCGGCGCCGGCCAAGGCAUCGGCGCCGAAGCAGCACGCCUCUUCGCCAACGAAGGCGCAAAAGUCAUCAUCGCCGACAUCGACGCCGCCAAAGCCGAGGCCGUCGCUAAAUCCAUCAACGAUGUCCCCGGUGGUGGCGGGCGCGCGCUGCCCGUUGUCGGCGACAUCCUCGAUGAUAAGUACAUUGAGACGUUGGUGAAGCGGGCGGCGGAGUUUGGGGGAGGCAAGAUUCAUGUUAUUGUUAAUAAUGCGGGGUUUACGUGGGAUGGGGUUAUUCAUAAGAUGACGGAUAAACAAUGGGACACGAUGCUGGCAGUGCACAACACAGCACCGUUUAAACUGGUUCGAGCCGCGGCGCCGUAUUUCCGCGUCAAGGACAAGGAGCCUCGGGUGGUGAUUAACAUUAGCAGUACGAGUGGUAUUCACGGGAAUGCCGGCCAAGUAAACUACGCCCUAGCCAAAGCCGGCGUGGUGGGACUUACCAAGACGAUCGCCAAAGAAUGGGGCCCAGCGUUUGGAGUGCGAGCCAACACGAUAGCGUUUGGAUUCGUCACGACGCGACUGACGGCUGCCAAGGAGGAAGGGGCGUUCAUCACCACUCCUGACGGGACGAAGGUUGCGUUGGGGAUUCCUGGGAAGCAGUUGGCGAGUCGGAAGGGAGGGGAAGCAGAGAAAGAGAAGAAACCACAGGAUCAGUAUCCGGAUAUUCCGUUGAGGAGGCCGGCUAGUCCGGAGGAAGCGGCGAGGGCGGUUUUGGGGGUUGCCAGUCCUUUGUUUUCGUAUGUUAGUGGGGAGACUAUUCGGGUUACUGGGGGGAGGAAUAUGUAG